UUUCAUGUUUGUGUUUGACGUUUACGCGUCGCGAUAGUUUACCGAUUUUAAUUCGUUAAAAAUAAUUUCACCACUAUUUAAGUCAGGACAGUACCCUAAAUACCGUAAUCCUACAAAUCUUAAUUCAUUUUCACUUCAAUUAUUUUUAUUUUGACUGACUUGAUAAACAUAACCUAAAAAUGUCUGACGAUGAGGAUGUGAUUCUGGUGAAGAAAAGCAAGCAAGUCCACUAUGGAUCCUUGGAGGAACAGGAGAAGGCUCGGCUGGCGGCACUGGCGGCUGCAGCCAGAGAAGGAACCGAGGAUAAUGGCGGAAAAGAGCUUGGAGACAUACAAAUUUCAAAUGAAUAUAUGGAGCUUGAAGAAGAGAUGUCUCGUGAUAAAAAAGCACUGCUCGAAGAAUUCGAGCGGAGACGCAAAGCUCGGCAGCUGAAUGUGUCCACCGACGACGAUGAGGUACGAAGAAGUCUUCGUCAGCUCGGUGAGCCGGUGUGCCUCUUCGGUGAGGGUCCGGCAGAGAGGAGAGUUCGUUUGAGGGACUUGCUUAGUUACCUGGGAGAAGAUGCAAUCCACAAGAAAAUGGAAGAGGAGGAGGCCCGUAUAGAAAGAGACAGAGGCCGCGAGGGCACGUGGUACCACGAAGGACCUCCGGAGUUGAGGGACGCUAGGCUUUGGAUCGCUCGGUACUCACUGCCGAGGGCGAAACAGAGGCUUACGAAAGCCCGUGAGGACCUGCAACUGGCAGGCAGCGUAAGGGCAGCAGCGAAACAAGACUCGCAGAGAAAGGCCUCCGCCAUCUCCAUAUAUUGCAGCCAGAUUGGCGACACUCGGCCAAUCAGCUUUUGCAGAUUCAGCAGCGACAGUCAAAUGCUUAUAACUUCAAGUUGGUCCGGACUCAGCAAGGUGUGGUCAGUACCGGACUGCACGCCGCUGCAAGUGCUGAAAGGUCACUCUUGCAACGUCAGCAGCGCUGUGUUCCAUCCACAGGCCGCGCUGCCUAACCACUUUAGAGAUAAGAUAAAGAACACCAAAGAAGGCACAUCAGACACGCCUGAAGCGAUGGAAACCGACGAAAAGUCUGCCGCGUGCACCAUGGCUUCCUGCGCCUAUGACGGCACCGUGUAUCUGUGGAACUUCAGCAGCGAAGCCCCGAUGGCGUCCCUAGACGGGCACGGGCCAUCCCGCGUGUCCCGCGCGGAGUUCCACCCUUCAGGACGAUUUCUGGCCACCACAGUUUUUGACCACUCCUGGCGGCUUUGGGAUUUGGAGACCGCAACUGAAGUCCUGCAUCAAGAGGGACACGCAAAACCUGUGUACAGUGUCGCCUUCCAAAUUGACGGCUCUCUCGCUGUGACUGGAUGUAAGGUACCAACGCAGCCACGGUCAUUUCUUGCUGACGUCAUCGUACGACAAGUCGGCGAAGCUCUGGUCCAACCCAGCCUGGCAUCCGCUCAGGACCUUAUCAGGACAUGAUAAUAAGGUGAUGAGCGCUGACAUAUCCUACGACAACAAAUACAUAGCCACAUGUUCCUUCGACCGGACGUUCAAGCUGUGGGCUCCGGAUUUAUCUUAGAACCAAUAAACAUCUAAAUACAUUAACUGUGUGUAAUACAACUCGGUUAACCUGGCAGCCGUUACGUCACAUCGCCGCUCUGUGGCCUAAUUAAUUCACGUAUUUUGACCAGGCCCGGCCGACUUUGUAGGCAGCGCCGUGGACUUUAUUAGGUGGGCUGCUAAGUGUGUUCCCCGAUCCAAAAAAAAAUCUUAUAAGGUUUUUCUCAAACGACAACACUUAAGUCAUUUGUCAGUUUGUCGGUGAUUAAUUUGUCACAAGUUUCAAAAUAUAAAAACGGCUAUUCAAAGAUUUUCGUGUUCAUCUUUAUCUAUUGUGAUAAUAAUGUUUUAUCAUCCUGUUGGAGAUAUUGUCUAGUGUGAUUGUGAGGUACAGACUCAGUAGUGCUCUAGUAGGUAUUUAAGUUUGGAGACAGUGACUUUUUAUCUAGUGUUUUAGUUUAAGUCACGAGACAUCAU